UAAGAAUUUGAGCAGACAUUACCAAUUAAGAAAAAAAAAAAAAAAACUUUUACUUAGAAACUUCAACUUGGAAAAACGAAGAACCAAAGAAGUAGAGUUGGAGUUGGAAUAUGCAGCCAUAAACUUUUGACCAUUCAGAGAGAGAUGUGCUCAUCACGACCAACAUGCAAAAGGUAUACAACUAUAUAAACUACUUUCUCUUGCUUUUAAUUAAUCUCUUGGAUUUUUGUAUUUUUCUGUUUUAAGAAUUUUUUUAGUUUCCCAAUUGGAUUUGGCUGCAGGCCUUCAGCCUACAGUAAACCCCGCUUAGAUCGGAUCUUUCUUCCAUUUUUCCCACCAAAUAAAACCAACCAAAACCAAAAAACAGGAAUCAUAUAAAAAAAGAAGCAAAAGAAAAAAAAGAAAAAAAAAAGGAGGAAGCUUACCAAUUUCCCAGGUUCUUCUCACCAGGGGUAAAAAAAAAUCCCAGAAAUUAGAUAAAGGGAACCUUCAUGUUUGGCUCAUUUUCAUGGCAUGAGCCAUCACUGAUUGUGUUUGAAGGUGAUUUAUCUUUGUUGGGUUGGUUUUAAUGGGAAAUGUAACAUCAAAUGUGGCUGCAAAGUUUGCAUUUUUCCCUCCAGACCCACCAACAUAUGAUGUUUACAAAGAUGAAGAUGAUGGGAAGCUUAUCUUCAGCGGAUUAACGGCUGAUAAAAAUGUGGAUGUUCAUUUGUUGGAUACAAAAUGUGGGAAUAAGAUUGUAGCCACCUUUUGGAAGCAUCCCUUUGGAAGGUUUACCAUUUUGUACUCCCAUGGGAAUGCUGCUGAUUUGGGCCAAAUGCAAGAGCUUUUCAUCGAGCUCAGAGCGCACCUUCGUGUUAAUAUUAUGAGCUACGAUUAUUCAGGAUAUGGAGCUUCCACUGGUAAGCCAUCUGAGUUAAAUACAUACUCUGACAUAGAGGCUGUAUUCAACUGUUUGAGGAAUGAAUAUGAAAUAAAGCAGGAGGAUAUUAUUUUAUAUGGCCAAUCUGUUGGAAGUGGUCCGACGCUGCAUUUGGCUGCUAAUCACCAUAGGCUGAGAGCUAUUGUUCUUCAUAGUGCUAUCCUUUCUGGGAUUCGAGUAUUGUAUAAUGUGAAGAUGACAUUUUGGUUUGACAUUUUCAAGAAUAUUGACAAGAUAAGGAAUGUCCGGUGCCCAGUUCUAGUUAUACAUGUAAGGACAAUCUCUUAUUUUACACCAGACAUGCUUUUACUGCAUUCAUUUUGUUCUUUUGCUUGGAGUCGCAUUAUGUCAUCUAGCGAACUUUUGCUUAUAAAUUGAGUUGCUAAAAGGCAUUGAGUAUGUAUGCUUAACCAUUUUGCUUAUUUCUGAAACUAGGGUUCCAUCAUCUUGAUUCUUUUGAUCUCUAUUACUAAAUUUUUAUUGUGCAAUCCUUCAUUUCAGAUGCUGUUAUUUUUGUAUUGGUUAUGAGCUACUAGAUAAGUAGGUAAACUAUCGUGUACCAUGUCCCUGGCUUUAGCGCGCAACUAUAUAGCUAUUACGUGAUUGAACUUUUCAAUCUUUCGGUAGAUAAAAGGUGUAGCAAUAUUGAACCAAUGAAGGUAUACUUUUACUAGUAAUUUCUCUUGUCUAACUGCUGAUACAAAAGGUCUAUGAGCUUAGGAUCUCUAGUCGCAGUUGAUUAAUUAUUUUUUGUCAAUCGUUAAACUCUAGUUACUGUGUUUUUCUUGUUCAAUGUACCUUGUUAACACAAUAGGUGAAACAUAAUAGCAGUCUAAUAUGCUUAUUUGCGUUGUUUUAGAUACAAAGGUAGAUUUUCUACCUCAUGUAUGCUGCUUUUAAAAAUGGUCUGGUUAUUCUUCUUCCAAUAGUCAGUUGUUAUGAGCAGCCCAGAAGCUAAAUUAGAAAUUCUGGGUGCUUGAUUGACUGUUGGUGAAUCACAUUUUUAUCCUCAUAUUUUGCUUGUGUGUUUUGGAUGUCUAACCUGAUUGUUUGAUGUAUCACGGUGCCAUUUGGUCAUUAGAAUCUCACUAUCUAAUUUGAGCAGUUUUUAGCAUACAUCAAAUUUCUGGUUAUGUGCAAAACCCAGUUUCAAUUACCUCACUUGGGUUGUCUGAAAUAUUAGUUUUGUUUUUUUUUUUUUUCCUUGAGAAUGCUGAAAUAUUAGUUAAGUGAAUGAAACAGACAUAAAUACAGUCAGUUUUCACCGGCUUGAAAGAUUCUCCUUUCACAUUCUUCUUCAGUUCUAUUGCCAAUUGCUUAGUCUUGCAUUUGAGGCUCUUUCAGCUGAGGGAUGUGAGAUAUGCAAACUGGAGAUUUUACUUUAGCUUCUCCUUUUUUGCUUCUCGAAGUGGAUGACUGCUUGGCUGCUAGCCAGAGCUUUACGGCAUCUUUCCCAAGCACUCUUUGAAUAAUAAAUUUACCAAAGUUGGUGAUCUUGUUAAAGAGAGGGCGUUUGCUAAAAUAUGUGGCAAUGACGGUUGAACUAGGGUACUUAUUUUGCUGAUGGAUUCAAUGUAUAUGCACGUAGAGUAUCCUUAAGAGUAGAGGGAGGAUGCCAUUUUACAAAUUAGGAAAUUACAAAAUAACAAAUGCAGCUAACCUGCGUAAUUGCUAUCAUUUUCAUCUGGAUCACGGCCAUGGAGCUGUGAUCUAAAGCUUUUAAGCUAUGUGACUGAGAGCUGAUUGGGUUCUACAGUAGCAAUGUUUAUCAUUCUAACUUGCAUAAUCCAGAAGUUGUCUUGUUAUAGGCCUUCUAACCUCAGUUUUAGUAGUCAGCCGCUGACUAGGAAAUCAAUCAAUAUCACCCUUAGGAAACUGGUUAUCCGUCAAUUAGCUGUUCUUAUUCCACCUUUUGAUUGUGCAUAAUUCUGCUGAAUCUGGGCAAGUAAAAGGGAGAAUGAUCGCAAAUUUUCUUGUUCUUUCUGUGAUGAAGGCUGAAAACCAACAAACAGGUUCUUAAUUGCCUUUAAAGAAAGAAGUUUACUUGCUGCUUUUAGUAUAAUGCCAUAGACAAUGAGCUUAAGAUAAUUCUAGGGCCUUGGAUUACCAUCUUGGUUUGUGUAUAUGUUGUUCUGGAUUGAGAUUAGUUAAAAAGUACUAUUAGUUAUAGUGGAAAUGUUAAAAAUUGUAUGGAAGGAAGUGCAUUGUAAACAUUAAAAUAUAAAGCUUAAAGUGAGAAGGUUUUCUCAUGAUUUGUGUUCAACUGAAAAUGGAAGAUAAGUUUUGGGUUUUAUCUGCGUCGAUGGCAUCUCACCUAGAAUAUUGAGUUUAAUAUUUUCUAUUCAAGUGUCUAUUCACACUGGUGCAUAAAAAGAUAGGUAGAAGUGCUGACAUCCAAUCUUUCCUUCUCAUUUCCUAUUUUUUGGGGGAGAAUACUCGUGUCCUUUUUUUUAAUAAGAAGAAUUAAUUUGUAGAUAACAACCGUAUUUAUCAAUUCAUCAAAUUACUCCCAAGGAUGCAAAAUGCCACUGCUUGAUUUCGGAGUUGUCCAUUUUCCCGGACUGAGAAAAUAAUUACUACUAUCUUUCCCUUAUGGUACUGUUAGAAGGAAGAGUGGUGUCAUUACAAAUACCAAACAUCAUUAUCAGUAUUUUUUUGUGAAUAUGGGCUUUUGGGAACAUUUUAAAUCUAAUUUUGAUAGAAAUUGGUUCCUUAUCAAAUGUAUGAUUCACUGGGUUUUCACCAGUGAAUGUGGCUUCCCCAACCCCCCCACCCCAAUUAAAGGAGUGCUUAUCUUGCAAUAGCUGGCCGAUAUUUCUUCAUGUAUGCUUCUAUGGACAUUGGAGGCCAGUUGGUAUCACCCACUCUGUUUUACCUGGCAUGCACCCUGCAUAUCCUUAAGUGGUUUCUAAAGUGUCAGUUGGAACUUUCUGAUAGGAUCAUUAAAUGUCAUUGAUAGCAUCGACUCUCGUAUAAACUUUUCUCUAACAGAUAUAAGCAGAAUGUUUUUCUGGAUAUGAAGAUAUAAUUCUCUGACAAUUUGAGUUGAAUCAUGUGCAAAAGUCGGAGUAUUGUUGAUGUGUAUGAUGCUCUUUUGCUUGACAAUUUAAAUUUAUUAGCAUGUUUCUAAGAUUUCCCUCUCAUGAAAUCAACUAGAGUCGAGAAUUUUCUUGCACUGAAUCAUUACUUGCCAGUGUCUGACCUCUAUCAACUUAAAUUUGUUAAUCGGCUUCAAUUAUCAGUCCAUUCUCUUUUCCUAGGCCCUGCAACCAUACUUGACUUUUCGGUUUAAGCUUCUUUAAAUCCUUUUCUCUUUGGCUUUCUCUAACUGCUUCUUUAGCAUGAAUCUGUAGUUGUUAAAUUUCUGUUUUUUUUUUUUUUUGACAGCAUCUAUAAUUUCUUGUGGUCGAUCAUUCACAGGGUACAAAUGACGAUAUUGUUGACUUGUCUCAUGGAAAAAGAUUGUGGGAACUUUCAGCAGAAAAAUACGAUCCACUGUGGGUCCAAGGCGGAGGUCACUGCAACCUUGAAACUUUCCCAGAAUACAUUAAGCAUCUUCGUAAAUUUGUGAAUGCAAUGGAAAAACACUCAUUUUCCAAAAGAAGCAAGAGUAACCUUGGUUCAAAUCAAAGUAUAGCAGACGAAAAACAUAAUAGAUGCUUGCGGUUUGCUAGAAGAUAGGUGAUCUAUUCUUACCACAUUCCCUGCCUGAUACCCUGGUAGGGCCAUAUGCUUGUACUUAAUUAAAUAGCAAUUUAGUCGGGGGCGCUUAUUUAACGCAUGCUACGUCAGAUGCUAGCUGCUUUGCAUAUAGAUUGAUGCAUCUGGAUGUAGCUUGCUAAAUUAUUUGUGGUUGAGUUGGUUGAUUGACAAUGUUUCUAAUCUUCAGAGUUGGAGUUGCUCUGAUCUGAUGUACAUUAUAAAUCUCUAGGUUAGAUACGAACUAUUUUGUGACAUGGAAUGGAAACGAAAUUGCUGUCAUCUUUUGUGUUCCAAGUGUUCAGGCCUCAGAAUUCAGAUUGUUUCACUUCUGUUUCCUAGUGUUGUAUAGGAUUUGAAAGAUUAGAAAUCCUUACAAUGUUGAUUUUCUCAUGUACAAUGCAAUUAUGCUCCUUGCACCCUUACAGCUUUGCGUUUGUGGGAAGCGUGAGAAAUGAGAUUUCACUCUUGCUGUUGCCUCGUCCAACCCAAUUUUAAACGCAUAAAAACUUAAAGUAGGUUUCUAAUCUUAUAGUUGAAAGGCCAUAUAGCUGGUUUUCCACGAAAUUUAUUGCAGUAUGGCCGCAAACAUUGCUGUCCCGGCGGAGCUAGGGUGGACGGAAGAGUGCGGUCGCACCUGCUCAUAUUUUUGUAAUUAAUAGA